AUGGGGGAGGUGCAUGAGAACUGCUCUGAGCCAUAUCAAAAUAAGGCGUUAGCAAUAUCCUGGAUUGAUAAUCAGUGGAAGAGGUACUUCCACUGGAAUCAGAUCAUCUUCAGCAGCAACUUCCUCGGCAUCCGGUGGAACGUAAUGUGGAUGGGCCCGUUUAUACACAAGACCCUCGGCACUAGUCCUAAUCUUAGCCAAAGACUACUGCCUAAUCCCGACAAGAUCAAAAGAUGUGCAGACAGUUACUUCAUCUCUAUUGGGGUCCUGAAGAUCCAAAGCAGGAUCCAAAGGAACGAGCAGGAUCCAGAGGAAUAUGAAGAGGAUUCAGAAGAUCCUGAAGAGGAUUCAGAAGGUCCUAUAGAUCCAGAGGAGGAUCCAGAGGAAUCUGAAGAGGAUUCAGACUAUUGGGGUCCUGAAGAUCCAGAACAGGAUCCAGAGGAAUCUAAAGAGGAUUCAGAAGAUCCUGAAGAGGAUUCAGAAGGUCCUGUAGAUCUAGAGGAGGAUCCAGAGGAAUCCGAAGAGGAUUCAAAAGAUCCUGAAGAAUCAGAAGAGAAUCUGGGAGAGUGUGUGGAGGAUCCUAUAGAGAAUCUUGAAGCUGUCUUGCCUGAGAUUACCCCAAAUGAUUUGGGUAGCCCUUAA